AUGAAGUUUACGAAGCCAGCAUGGGUUAUGCACAAAGACUCUGCGGCAAAAAACGACCAGAAUCCGAAGCGUCUUUCCAUAUUCUCAGUGCAUGUCCAUCCAGAUGGUUCACGGAUCGCAACUGGCGGUCUUGAUGCUAAAAUUCGCAUAUGGAGCACAAAACCCAUCCUCAAUCCAGCGUCUGAGAUGUCGAACCGACCGCCCAAGUCGUUAUGCACUCUCAGCAUGCAUACAGGUCCUGUCCUUACCGUGCGUUGGGCUCACUCUGGUAGAUGGUUGGCAAGUGGCAGUGACGAUGAGAUAGUAAUGGUGUGGGACCUGGAUCCCACGGCCAGGGGUAAAGUCUGGGGCUCGGACGAAGUCAACGUUGAAGGUUGGAAGCCUCUGAAGCGGCUUCCAGGUCAUGAAAGCGACGUGACCGAUGUUGCUUGGUCACCUGGUGACCGUUACCUUGCAUCUGUCGGGCUAGAUUCUCAAGUACUUGUUUGGUGUGGUUACACUUUAGAACGUCUCCGAAAAUUAGACCAACAUCAAGGAUUUGUCAAAGGAGUAUGCUGGGACCCUGUGGGAGAAUUUCUCGCUACUCAAUCCGAUGACAGGACAGUGAAAAUCUGGAGAACCACAGAUUGGCAGUUAGAAGCCGAGAUUCGGAAACCUUUCGAGGAUUCCCCGGGAAGCACCUUUUUCAGACGUCUAAGUUGGUCUCCUGACGGCGCGCAUAUAACCGCCUCAAACGCAACAAACAACAAAGGCUUCGUAUUUAUCGCUGCCGUGAUUACCCGUGGUACAUGGACUUCAGAAAUAAGUCUUGUUGGGCACGAAAACACAGUUGAAGUUGCUUCUUACAAUCCUCAUAUAUUUCUUCGAAACCCAUCGUCUCCUAUUGCGACCUCUAACAUUUGCUCGGUUGUUGCCUUAGGUGCAGACGACAGGUCUGUAUCCGUCUGGCAGACCAAAUCAGCCAGACCUCUUAUUGUGGCUCGAGAAGUCUUUGAAAGACAAAUUAUGGACCUUAGUUGGUCUUGGGAUGGGCUCACGCUAUAUGCCGCUUCUUCAGAUGGAACCCUGGCUGUCUUCCAUUUUGACCCUGAAGAGUUGGAAGGCAUUGCCCCUCACUCAGCCCAAGAGCAAUAUCUCCAGAAAUUUGGUUUCACCCCGCCUCCCAUUCCUGAAGGAUUUUCUCAUGGUGCGCCCGCACGCAUUCAAGAUCAAGAUCGACCGUCAUCCCAUAUUACACCUCCACCUUCUCCGACUCGUUCCAAUGCUCCGAGCUCGAAUGUACAAUCUCAAACUGGUUUUGGAAUGACGAAUGGCGCCAAUGGUGGAGAGCAGAUCAAUCAACUGGUAGCAAAGAGAGGCAAGAAAAAGAGGAUUCAACCUGUCUUUAUGGGUGGUUUAGCUGCCUCAAUACCGUCUGCGUCUGUCAUUCCUAUGGCUACUUCGCUUGGGAACAGUGUAUCGCGGCUUGGUGAUGGUCCUCAGCUACCAAAAUCAUCGAGACAUCCUUCACAUUCGGUCUCACCCAUGAUGCAUACUUCUAACGACGACUUCGGCUUUACGUCGCGCAGUCACAGUCACGGCGGGCACGAGGAUGUCACGAUGGACAGCAUUACAGACAUGGACGUGCCCAUCGAUUCCCUGGAUAACAACGGGUCGCUCUCAGUCAAUAAAGGAAAGAGGAAGGCAUCUGCUCUUGAUCUACCAGAUGAAAGGCCGAGUAAACCAAGAACUCUGGGAGGAGAUCGUCCCAGAGAUACCAUAGCUGUACGAGAGAUUGGAAACGGCAAUGUCCAUAUUUCGCAUACUAGGAGCUUCCUGGGUGGCUCAAUAGGGCUGGAAGGAGAGGAGCUUCUUCCUGUACCCCCAUUACUGACCUUCUUGAGUGCUAAGGUGGAGGGAACCGAGGAUGUAUUUGAGGGCCGUAACUCGGAGGGUGAUGGUCCCACGGAAAUUAUCUAUGUCAAUGGCAAGCAAACCCAGUGGUUAGACUACUUGCCAUCUCCUAUACUAGCUUUAACUGCUACUACAUCAUUUUGCGCUGUGGCAAUGAGAGACGGCUCCGUGAACGUAUAUUCGCACACUGGUCGAAGAUUUAUGCCAACACUGAGUCUUGGUUCUCCCUGUUCGAUGAUACAUGGCUGCAAGGGCAGUUUAAUGACCUUGACAGCAUCUGGCCAACUUUCAUCAUGGAACGUUAAAAAGCAAAGAUCUUAUUUUACCCCCGUUUCGGUGGCACAGUUGCUUAGCUCCUCACCUAACUGCACUAUACUCUCCGCUACUGUCCGCCACAACGGUGCGCCCAUAAUACAGUGCUCUACGGGUGUCGCCUUUUCCUAUGAUCCCGCAUUGACAUCGUGGACGAAGCUCAGUGAGCGAUGGUGGUCAGAGGGUUCCGACGUGUGGCAGGGACGCCAGCGUCCAACAAAAGACGUCGUUGCUUCCAUCGAGGCUGCAAUCAGUGCAUCGGGUGAUGACACGGUAGCAAACAAACAGCGACCUUCGUGGUGGACCACUGCCUUGACUCUUGGACACCUUGAGACGAAAAUGUAUUCCGCUAAAGUGCUGGAUAGUCCUCAGGAAUAUAAGCAGACUCUGUUGGUAUAUGCAAAGAAUAUUGCAGAUGAAGGCUUUAGGGCGAAAGCUGAGGAGCUGAUCAAGGAGUUUUUCGGGCCUAUAUUUUGGCGUCCAGGGCUAGAAGAUGUCUGGUCACCGUCAGUCUUGGGCAUGUCGAAACGUGAUCUUCUACGAGAGGUAUUAGUUGUGUUCGCACGAAGUAAGACCCUUACAAAAUUGGCUAUGGAUUGGCAAGAUACAUUGAAAAAGGCUUCCAAUGAAGAGCAUUAGUUGUCUAGGUGAUCUCGCUGUUCUUGAUAUACUGUAGAUGCUAGACUGUUGGUACAUGACAUGUUUCUGUAGUCAAAUUCGCACGUGACCUAUAUUUUCGCUGGGCCAUGUGACGCCCAGACCUACUUCUACAUUCGCUACGUCUACGUCAUCGUUGAUACUACGCUCGAAAUGCCUAU